AUUGAGCUGCAGGUUCAGGAGCAGCCUGCAGAGAUACGUGCAGCCGUCUACUCUCACCUCGAGGCCUUUGUGCCCUGCAAUAAAGAAGCUCUGCUCAAACGCCUUAAGAAGCUCAGCCUCAACAUACAGGAUGACCGUCUUCGCACGCCCCUGCUGAAGCUGAAGCUGGCAGUGUGCAGCGUGAUGCCGGAGCAGAUUGCCCGAUACAACAUGGACUGUAUCGCCAAAGUGGCAAAGCAGCAGUCUGGGGAAGGAGAGAAGAAUGGCUCCGAAGACGAUGAUGAGGAGAAACCAGGGAAGAGGGUCAUGGGACCUCGGAAGAAGUUCAUCUGGGACGACAAACUCAGGUCACUGCUGUGUAACCUGGUGCGGGUGAAGCUGGGCUGUUAUGAGCUGGAGGGGAAGAACACGUUGUCUCUGGAGGAUUACCUCAAAGCCUUCAUGGAGACGGAAGUGAAACCUCUCUGGCCCAAGGGUUGGAUGCAGGCCAGGAUGCUGUUCAAAGAGAGCACCAUGGCCCAUGGUCAUCUCACAGGUUACACAGCAAAGAAGAAGAUGGUCACUGCUCCAAAGGCCAAGCCAAAGGAGACUGUUUGGAUUCGGCCCACGCCGUCAGCAGGCGCCACUCCCUCACCUGCAGCCCAGGUUGCCAAGCGACCACCUCAGUCACCGUCUGAGCCCAUAUGUCUCGAUGACGAUCUGACAACACCCUCCCUGGACUCCAUCUCCCAGGCCCUCGCCAUCCUCGGCAACGCCGCCAAGGGCCUGGCCCAGGGGGACAGCCCCCCAUCCCCGGACGGACCCAGGACUGCAGCCAACCCUUCCUCCCUCCACAACUCACCACUCCUUCAGCAGCAGCAGCAGAAGAAGAACUCUGUCAGCACUCCCAGCUCCAGUGCACCUCACUACAUCUCUACCUCUUCGUCUUCCUCCACCCCUCUGUCGCGGCUUCCCUCCAUCACGUCCUCUCCUCUGCCCUCCGUGAGGGUGGAUGGGAUGGGGGUCGUCAAGGGCAUCGCGCAGGCGCACAGACACUCAGUUUUGAACACUCAGAGACCUUUGGGUGCAGCAAAAGCCAACAUGUCUGCCUCAACGUCGCCGCCUAAACCACGUCCCCCACCCACUGCAUCUCCACUCGUGGCCCCGGGAUCUAAGACGGGGGUCUCCACUCCCCCGUCUGGCCUCCUCAAAGGCAGCAAUAAUAAUAAAGCCAACAGUGGUGACACUCUAAUCCUCACAUUGCCUCAGUCUCGACCACACACCCUGUCAUCGCCCACGCUCAUCAAAACCUUCCAGGCGCCUCGUCUGCCCCACACCCCGCAGAGUAAAUCCUCCCCCUCCCUCGUGCAGACGCUGUCUGGUGUUCAGCCCCAGCCACAGUCUAACUUUAUCACCCCUAUGCACGCCACGCUCACCAAAUCCACACACAGCAGUAUCCCACCCAUUGUCAAACUCACUCCCCGCAACCCCAUCGUCACCACCUCAGCCUCGCUCUCCAUCUCCCAAAACCCCAGGUCUCAGGCAACCCCCACCAUACACCAGUACUCCCCCCAAACCCCAGCAGGGUUCCGCCCGCAGUUCUCAGGUGCCAAAGGAGGAGCAACCAAGCCAGGGCAAGGCAGCUACACUCCUCCAGGCAGCCAGAAGACCCCCAACAACAGCACCAACAACAUCAGCCUUAUUAACACGUCAUCCAUAAGCAAGCAUUCAGGGUCCAGUGCCUCCCCCACGGUGGCCUCUGCCAACCCAGGCCAGCGUCAGAGGCCCGGGGGUGCGACACCUCAGGGGGUCAAGUCUGUGGCGUCUGUUUCAUCGUCAUCCAUCUCCUCUCAGUUGCCACAGGUCUCCACAGCAGGAACCGGCAGUCUGCUCAGCUCAGCCCAGUCUCUUACCCUGGGGUACGGGAUGCUGGGGGGCCUGGUGCCCGUGUCCCUGCCCUUCCAGUUCCCCUCGCUGCUAAACCUGCCUCCGCUGGGAACGGCAGGCUCCAGUACGGCAGCCGGCGGCUCCGCGGCCAGUAGCAAUGCAUCAUUCUCUACCCUGACCCAGAAUCUGUAUAAGAGUCUCCAGUCAGGGUCUCAGGUUGCUGUGCCUCCUCACUUGCAGCUCGCUUUCUCAGAUGUCAGUCAAAGCCAGGGAGGAGACACUAAGAGGAAGACUCUAUGAUGAUGCAGCGGGAUUCCUACACCCAGCAGACGCUGUCUAAUGAAGCGACGCUGGGACGGACGAUGGGACGUGGCUCUGGGUGACGGACGGACUGGGCUUCACUUGGGACUCCUGAUCUGAGAUCAGCUUAAGUUUUCACGAAUACCACAGUUGACUAUAACUUUUCUAAACAGUUUGAUAAAUUUUAAAUACUAUUCUUCAUAGAAUUGUUAAAUGAAAUGACAAAUGCUGUUUGUCAAUGUUUACAAGAUAGACCUAUAUCACUGUGGACAGGGAGGAGUGAGUGGGUUUUUAGUGCGAGUGUGCGUGAGACAGAAUGUGUGUGUGGGGCUGAACGCGUGCCUUUGUACGUCUCCCUCUCUGAUGCAUGGUCAGUGUGUCUAUUUGGUGCUGUUUUUAUCAUAAUGUUAUUAUCACUGAUACCUGUAAGAAUUGUAAACUGCAAAUUGAUGAAUUUGAGCUUCUUUUUUUUUUCUCUCCAAUGAAAGAUGUAAACUUUUUCAUUGUACUUGAAUUCUUGAAUGAAUUCUUUUCUGUAUAGAACUCAAACCGACUUGAUUAAAAAUCUUUGCUUUCA